UAUAAACAUAUGGGAGGAAAGCCAUGAAAAAAAAAUUUGUUUUAUGGGGAGAAAAAGCCAUUGAAAAAAACAUUUGUUUUUUGACAUUUUUUUUCAGGAGACUUUUUGUGGCCGAAAAGUUGCCAUAGCGACUGAAGGCUUUUUAAAAAAAAAUAAAAAUAAAUAAUAUAUAUAUUUUUUUUUUAUUUAAAAAAAGCACUGAUUUGUGAAUAUUUUUUCCCCAUUUAUUCUCGCAAGCCAAACUUAAUUUCAUAAAAAUGAGGGAAAACGACAAAAAAAAAAAAAAAUUAAGUUGACAUCUAGCUAAACCAACUUAAAAUAUACCACCAAUUAACUCCUUUGUAUUUUGCAUAAUACCGAAGAAUGUUUCGAGUUUUUCCGCAACUGGAAAGGAUGAAUCCGAUGUCCAUUCUAUCCUAUGAGGCCCAUUUGUGCUGUGCUGUGUUGAGGCAUGUCAACAAACACGUCAUUUGAAGGGAAAACGUCAUCCGAGUACUUUUACGUCAGCACGUUCCUCUUCAUUUGCACCUUUUGUCUUCCCUCCUCCACUACUAGAGGUCUUUGAGUGGAUAAGUCGAUGAAUUGUUCCAAGCGGCUCAGGAUUGGACGGGGGCCUCUGCGUCUGGCGUGGAGAAGAUAAGAGCGCUUAUCUAUUUCUCUGUCUGCCCAAUCUAUAACCCUGGCCCCUCCUCCUAGCCAUCAUCGUGACCUCCGCGACAUCCCGAAAAUAAGCUUUGGUUAACAUGGAAAAUAAGCAAAACAAAUGAAAGUAUCUUAGAUAUAACUUGGGAACCGUUUUCAGAUAAAAAAAAAAAAGUAGGCUUAAAAUGAUCGAAAGUGUGGAAGUAAAAAUGAAGCGAUGCCGAUUGACCUCACCUAUUCUGAUCUGACUGAAUUGUUGUUUGGUUAUUGGAGCAGAAAAUAGCAAAUUUGCUAUUUAGCGAGGAUGACACGAUGCUGUCACUCCUCCGCCAUUUUGUUGGGAGUGACAGUCCUCGCCUUCCUCAUCCCGCUUCUCAUCUCCUUCCUCUUCUUCGCCUUUGCUGUUGGCAGCGCUUCAUUAGUGUCACCGUUUUAACGGGAAGAAAUGACGACAGGCAAUUACGCUUUUGUCAGGAUGCGUCUUGGAAUAAAUGUUUAUCUUGAAAUAUAAUAUUGAGCAUUUUAGAACAGUGGACGUGUGUUUUUAGAACUGUGCUGCAAUAUAUUUUAAUGUGAGUUUUGGAAAUUUAUUGUUAACAUAUAUUGUUGCUAUGCAUACAUUUGUAUAUAGUUAGUGUACAGAUACCAGGUAACGGUGACAACACCAGCUUUAUUUGAAGGUACUCGCGACGGCGGCCAUUUUGUAAUCAGGAAAUGGAAAUUACAAGAAUAGAAAAUUGCCAUUGAUAUCAUGCAAUUUUAAGGAAAUUACUAUAUUAGAAUAUAGAGGUCUUUCUUUAAAAUACUCUGUCAUUGUUUCUUUGAGGGAAAUUUUAUGUAUCAAAAGGACUAGUGGUAUCGGCAUAUGGUAUCGUAUUGGUAUCGGUCCGAGAAAAACUUGUAUGGAACAUCCUUAGUUAGCAUUAAAGCCUCACAGUUCAGGGGCCAUAAAUUCAAUCGUAUCAAGUUUUUGUCAAUGUAAUCUGUGUAUUGUUUAUUUAGAAAAAUAUAUUUUCCAAAUACAAAUGUCAUAGUUGAUUUUCAUCUGUUGCAUAUAUCCAAAUUAAAAUAUGUUUAUCAGUCAAAAAUCCAUUCAUUGUCCCAACUGCUUAUUUUUUACUAGAUUAUUUUGCAGAAUUAGCAAAACAUCUCAAAUAAAAUACAAAAGGUCAAACCUAUAAUAUGAAAGGAGCAAUUACUUGGCAUUGUGUAGCAUUACUCCAUCUUUGAAUCCAUGACAAAGAGUUUUGACGAAGAAACCAGACGAGAAACAUCCGAGUGGAUUGCGGCCUGGUGCUUGUCUCUGAUCCGGUGAGUAGAUUGGCCUCUCAUAAAUGAUUCCACGUCAUUAAUUAAAUACUCGUUAAGAUUUCCCAAAGGGGAAAUGGCUGAUAGCUAAACGAUAAAAGACAGUAAUCACCACUCAUCAGCGUAGACUCAUUUUAGCCCGUCUUCACUAACAACAAUAUUAAUAUAUUUUAUUGUCAAGCUACUCAAGAAAAAUGCAGAUUAUUUCUGUCAAAAGCAAAUUUAUCCAAAAUAAAUGAGUUUGUUAUGAGAAAUGCAACACAAAAGUGAAGCAGCAUUAAAAACUGCAGUAACUAUUCUAUGGAUUUUUCCAACACUGCAAUCAUGUGUCUUUCUUCUCCUUCCUUCCCUCCAUGAAGAGUUUGGAGGAGGUGAGAGAGUGAACCGGUAGAGGAGGGUGAUUGGUGGCAAGUGAUGGCGAUGAGGAGGAAGGUGGGGGGACUUAUCCCUUAUAAGAGCGCUUGCCCGUACCUUCUACGUAGCCGCAAACGCCGUCGCUAACGGAGGAACUUAACUUCUACCAGCCUGCACCUGAAGGACCCUGAGGAUUGUCACCCCAACACGGACCAUCAUGAAGAUGCUGGUGGCGCUCCUGAUGCUGCUGUUGUUUUGUUGUGAUGGCGUACAUGCCGACUGUCAGGAUGACUGCCUGUCCUGCAGCCUCAUCCUGCCCAAACGACUCACCUUCAACACUAUGGACUGUCUGUUUGAGUGUGAGGGCUCCGCUUCCCCAGCAUCUUCCUGGGACACCUGCCGUGGAUCCUUGUCGUUGUUGUCUAUGCCCAAAAGAUCCCAGGAGGAAGUGGAUGCCUUCCUCCCAGCUGAGGAGGAAGAAAACCAGAGGAAUGAAGAAGAGCUACCCUUACAAAGGUUCGAUCACAUGACCCGGCUGGUUGAAAGGGACGCGGGUUCCCUGUCCUUGGACGAAGAGUACGAGGACUCUGACAGCGACGUUGGUCUGAGCGCCUCCAAGAGAUUCGGCGGCUUUGUGAAGGGUCGCCAUGGUUACAGGAAGCUGAUGGCGCCGGCCAGGUCCUACCAGAAGCGUUACGGCGGCUUCAUCGGGAUCCGCAAGUCGGCGCGCAAGUGGAACAACCAGAAACGCUUCGGAGACUUCCUCAAACAGUAUCUGGGCAUGAGCACUCGGGGUACAGAGUACAACAGCGUCUCGGAGGAGCUGAGCCGGCACAAUGAGGUGUAGAGCGGCAGCCGACGCACCUCCAUGCCCGAUUCCCAGUUAGUGCCUGUAUGUGGACCGUCUAUUUACAUCUACUGUCAAGUGACGCAUAUCUGAUAUUACCGUGCUUAUGUGUAGGAUGCUUUCACGUAUAUACUGUAUUUCGCUUCCUCUUGUCGAAACACUUGUAAAUGGGGGUGUGCGUCUCCAUGCAGAAAGAAAUUACAUAAUACGAUUCAAGGAUGUAACGAUUUUGUAAUGGUUAGUCGUCCAAUCAAAACCAAUUUUUUUUUUUUACACCCCAGCUUGUAAGG